GCACUUCCUCUCUCUCUCUCUCUGCUACAACCCGACGACAGACUCCGCUCUGGCAAAGAUUCCCCAUUCUGUUCUUCUCUCUCUCUCUCUCUCUCUCUCUCUCUCUCCUUCAUUUGUCUCUCUUUCUCAUCUGAAUCCAUCCAUCCCUAUGUUCACGGCCAUGUCUUUCUUGAUUCCUCCGUAGUCUCUCUUUCACUCUCACGUACUCCUUAACGCCACUCUUUUUCACUUCUUCUUUAAUCUGAUCUUCAUUAAUAAUAAUAAUGGGUUGUACAGGCUCCAAGCUUGACGACCUUCCGGCGGUGGCUCUCUGCCGUGAACGGUGUUCCUUCUUAGACGAAGCCAUCCACCAGCGUUACGUCCUCGCUGAAGCUCACAUGGCCUACCUCCACUCCCUCAAAGCCGUUGGUCUCUCCUUACACCGCUUCUUCUCUCAAGAUCUCGCCAAUCCCACGGCGGCGCCUCCCUCUCCGCUUCUCAAUCUUCCCACCCAAAGAAAAGGUGACCCCCAAAACUCCGAUUCCGGCCAUCUUCACUUACCCUCCGAUUCCGAUUUCGACGAUUCGUUAUCCGGCUCUCCUCUCCACCACGACCACGACUCUGGCGAUUCCGAUUCCUCUCCCCUGCAUUCCUAUGAUCAAAUCAAUUCGUAUCCAGGAGGAGGUGCGUAUGAAGGAGGAGGUGGGUUUAUGAACAUGAAUUAUAUGAAGAAUAAAGCGACUCCAUCGGUGUCCUACGAGCAAAAACCGAUGAGCCCAGAAACUAUGCAUAUGAAUGAUGCGUCUUCCUCGUACUAUCCAUAUCAGUAUGCUAAUCAAAACCCUAGUUCUUAUCCGUAUUAUGGGUAUUCAAAUUAUGGUGGCGGUUCGCCGUCGCCCUAUGGUUCUUCUUCGUAUCCUCCUCCGCCUUUGGGAGCGGCGGCGGAGGAUUUCGAGGCCUCAACUUCGAAACCGCCUCCUCCUCCACCGUCGCCGCCGAAGAGUUCUGCUUGGGAUUUCCUUUACCCUUUUGAGAGUUCUGAGAAUUAUUAUUAUACUUCGUACACGCCAACUCGUGAUUUGAAGCAAUUGAGAGAGGAGGAGGGGAUUCCUGAUUUGGAAGAUGAGGAUUUCCAGCAGGAAGUGGUGAAGGAAGUAUACGCAGAACCGAAAUUUGUGGAUGGUGGUGGAAAAAAGCAAGCUAAAGCUGUGGUGGAAGAUGAGGGCUUGAAGGCGAAUGGAUCGGAUUCAGUAUACCAUACAAAGCCGAUGAUUGAGAAUGAUCCGGUGGAGUAUGAGGUGCAUAUGGUGGGCAACAAAAUUGUUGAUAAUGGAGAGACUUCAGGGGAUGGGGGCAAUGUGGCUACUUUCAAGGCUCGAGGUGGUGGUUUGACAGCUGACUCUGAUGUCGUGAUGGAAAUUCAGGUUCAAUUUGAGCGAGCUGCGGAGUCGGGGAGUGAGCUUGCAAAGAUGCUUGAAGUUGGAAAAUUUCCUUACAAGAAAAAUGCUGUCUAUCAAGUUUCUGCCAAGAUGUUGCAUGUAAUCACAACGCCUUCAUUACCGAUAGUAUCAUCACAGGCUUCUUCUUCUAAAACUGCCGAUCCAUCUUCUAUUGAGAAGGCUGACCCUGCUUCCUUGGAAAUUGAUGAUGUUGGGAUGGGGUCUGGAAAUCUUUCUUCUACCUUACAGAAGCUGUACCUGUGGGAGAAGAAACUAUAUGAAGAAGUUAAGGUUGAGGAGAAAAUGAGGGUACUCCAUGAUAGGAAGUCCCGUAAGCUAAAGCGUUUAGAUGAAAGAGGUGCUGAGGCUCACAAAGUUGAUGUGACAAGAACACUUGUCAGGAAUCUUUCCACAAAAAUAAGAAUUGCAAUUCAAGUUGUUGAUAAGAUUUCUGUGAAGAUAAAUAAAUUGAGAGAUGAAGAGUUGUGGCCACAAUUGAAUGAUUUUAUUCAAGGGUUAACCAGAAUGUGGAAAUCCAUGCUUGAAUGCCAUCGUAGUCAAUGCCAAGCUAUUGUACAAGCUAGACGAUUAGAUGCCGUUACAUCCCUCAAACACUUCAGUGAUGCGCAUUUUGAAGCCACAUCGCAGCUUGAACACGAACUUCUUAGUUGGACAUUAAGAUUCUCUUGUUGGGUUGGUGCCCAGAAGGGUUAUGUCAAAGCACUGAAUAACUGGCUUCUGAAAUGUCUAAUAUAUGAACCUGAAGAAACAGAUGAUGGAGUUGCUCCCUUCUCUCCCAGUAGAAUAGGUGCGCCUCCUGUUUUUGUGAUCUGUAAUCAGUGGUCACAAGCAUUGGAGGGAAUUUCUGAGAAAGAAGUGGUCGAUUCUAUGCGAGAUUUUGCCACAAGCGUGCUUCAGCUCUGGGAGCGGGAUAAGUUGUUGAUGCGCCAGAAGAUGAUGGCGAACAAGGAUACGGAGAAGAAAGUUAAGAUCUUGGACAGGCAGGGCCAAAAGAUACAGAAGGAGAUUCAGGCAUUGGAUAAAACGAUAAUUCUGGUCUCUUCUGGCAAUAAUGGUCUUCCCGUGAGUGGGCAUGUGUAUCAGAGCGACACUAGCAAAACUGGUAGUCUACAGCUGAGUCUGCAACGUAUUUUUGAGGCCAUGGAGAAGUUCACUGCAGACUCCUUGAAAGUAUACGAGGACUUGUUGAAACGCAUUGAGGAAAUUAAGAAGGAUAGUCGAGAUACUGUUGAUCAGGAGAAUGAGAAUGUUUCAUAGCGUUGCAUUCUGAACUAAAAUUGCUGCAUCUAUUUUGAGUAGGUGAUUUGGUUCAGUAUGUGCAGUCCCAUUGAAAGAUCAUUUGAGGCUUGAGAUCAUUGAGGCACAAAUCAUUGAAGUUAAAAAAAGCUACACUCUUGUUGGACAAUAUGUGCUCCUAUUGCUUUGAUUCUGCAGUAGAAUGGAUGCCUGCUGCUUCAAUCAAUUCUCACCAUCAUUGGCCAAGGGGAGAGUUGGGUGUUGAAGUUAUGGCAGUGUAACUAAUAUCUGAUCUGCAUUGGUGUCUUGUACAUGGGGUGAAAGUCUCGGUUGAAGUUGUACGCAGUAAGAAGUGGCCUUGACAUGCCAUACUUGAUGAUGAUGAGAGGAGAGGAUUCAGAGAUAGCUUGCCAUAUUGGGCAAUGCUUGCUAAUCUUCGAGCUGCUGUUGCUGCUGUGUGAAACAUUGAUGCAGGCUUGCUGUAGAAUCGACUGUCCAUUUUUUUGGAGAUCUGGCACUGAAAUGAGCUUUGCAUGGAAAGUGAUCGUUUGUGCACGUGGCAUGGAGUCCUUUGGCCAGGUAGAUUUUACUUCAAAUUUUGCGUUAGGAUGACUAAUAGAUGAGGUAUAAGUUUGAGGCAUAUGGGCUGUUUAGUGACGCAAGUCAUGGAAUUGCCCAAACAUCAGAUCUUGUAAAAUAGGAUAGAAACAUUCUUCUUUCUCAAUAAUUUUGUUAAAUUAUUAUUGUACAGAGUUCUUUUUGUUACAGAAACAUAUUGUAGAUACCCUCAAUAGAGUGGUGUUAGACGGAUGAAAUUAAAUUUUUUCAAUUGAAGUGAGUGCCUUCUUUGGAGCCA